AUGAUCACCAAGACCCAACAAGUAGACGUGGGCCUUGGGCUCCCAGAAAAAAAGAAAAAGAAGAAGAAAGUGGUCAAAGAGUCAGAGAUUCACUCUUCGGUUUUAAAACAUGAUUAUUCCACUGAGGUUUCUCCUCGAAGAGCCAUAUGCUCCACUAAGAAUGUGAUCCAGGCCCCUGAGAUGCCUCUAGUGAAGAAGAAGAAGAAGAAGAAGAAGGAGAAGGUCCUUUGCGAGGAUCACCUAGAACCUGAGACUGUGUUGCGGGCCAGACAGAGAGAAAAGUCACCCAGCUCCAGAAAGCAGGCCCUUGGUCUUACUGAAUUCCACAGCAGGGAGAAGAAAAAGAAGAGGAGGUCCUUGUCAGCUCUGUCUGUGUCCCAUGGCCUGGAGGUGGAUACCUCUCUAAACCCCAGACAAGGUGAGGAGGGGACCAGAGUUGGCAGUAAGCUCAAAAAGCACAAGAAGGAGCAGGUGGUCCAGGAUACCGAGGCCUUCUCAGGCCAGAGCCCUUGGCUCUGUGAGGCUGGGGAUGCUCUCUGUGCUUGCAGAGUGGGGAAGGGCAGUGAGAAGCUGGCAGCCUUGGGGCAGAAACGGAAGCAGGGGAGCCCCAGGGAACACCAGGUCAAGAUGAAGAAGAAAAAGAAACUCUACCAGGAGGGUGAUUUGCCCCUUGACCACCACAAGGUCUCCAGAUCCACAGGGAGCAGCCCUAGGAAAGGAAGUAAAAAGAAGCCAGUCAAAUUGCAGGUUCUGGAAUGCAUCCCAGUAGGAGAUGGCCCAAAAACCCUAGUGAAGAAGAAAACCAAGUCAAAGAAGCAAGCAGAGCAGCCAGGCAUUGAGGAGUCUGCUCUGAAGAAGAAGAAAAAGAAGAGGAAAGGGAGUGGGGUGUCAGAAGAACCUGGUGAGGAGGAACCAGACCCAGACUUAGAAGUGGUGUUGGAAAAAAAGGGCAACGUGGAUGAGGCCCACAUAGACCAGGUGAGGCGAAAGGCCUUGCAAGAAGAGAUUGAUCGGGAGUCGGGCAAGACAGAAGCUUCUGAAACCAAGAAGUGGACAGGAACCCAGUUUGGCCAGUGGGACACUGCUGAUUUUGAAAAUGAGGACCAGAAACGCAAAUUUCUCAAACUGAUGGGUGGCUUUAAAAAUCUGCCCCCUUCGUUCAGCCAUCCCCCUGGCAUGAUUGGAAGGCCCAACAUGGCCCUCAGCAAGAAGGCGGCUGAUGCCCUGCAGCAGAGCCUGCAGCAGGACUAUGACCGGGCCAUGAGCUGGCAGAACACCCGGGGAGCUGGCCUUGGCUUUUCCAAAUCCCCGGACAAAGUCUUUUAUAUCGACAGGAGUGCUUCCAAGUCCAUUAAGUUUGAAGAUUAA